AUGCUGGGCCGACUCCUAAGCACCGCCGCCUCGACCUUGAACCCGGCGGCAUAUUCCUCACGAAACAACGGUACCCCUCUGGAAUCGGUCACCGAAGAGGAACACACCUCCGGUCUUCUUUUCCCCGAUGCCAGCCUCCUCCGACGUUCCCAUACCCACGCGUACCCAUUACAGACAACUUUCAAUUCUCCAAAUGCCUCGACCGCAGGUGCAUAUGAUGACCGUGGGGGCAUGGAAUUGGAUCACAUCAAGGAUUUUCGUGUGAUUGUUGCACAAAAUGCGUUGGGUGACCGUGAUGCAUGUGUCCUACUUGACACCCGUGCUUCUGAUUCCUCACCCACCGGUCUCGGAAUCGAUCCACAGAGCCACGACCAGUCCGGCCCCAGACACACCCGCGCGGUAUCCAGCCUCUCCCGUGGGACACGCCGCAACCUCCUUGCCCAGUCUUCUCUCGUCGAAUCAAGUCCCAUCUCUACCGCCGCAGAUGCACGCCGGGCGUCACCGGCCAGCCCUGGCGCAUUUUCCCGGGCCCGCGGCCGCAGUUCCACACUGGCACCUUCGGGAACAUGGCAUGACCCUGGCCAGUCUCGACACUCUUCCGACUCCAAUGUCACUGGACUUUUGAAUUGCAUCUUUGGCAGUAGUGCCUUCAGCUACCGAGGCUCGUCUACCAAAAUGCACAUCAUCUCCGCGGACGAGGAUUCCGGGACCGGGACCGGGACCGGAGUUAGUGCAUCCCCCGCUGCCCGCAGUCCCCUCUCCCGAGCUUAUACCACAGGCAGUCCCUUGGGCCCUAUGGGUGCAGCCCGAGGAGCAGAGGACAAGCCACCCUCCAAGGUGACGGUUCUGUUGACUCGCAUGUUCAGUGUGAAUCUCCCGGAAGGCGCUGAAGCAUCCGCUGAACGCCAUGACUAUGCCAGUGCGCUCUACCAGGAAUCUUUACCCGAGAUGGAAUUUCCAUUCCCAGAUGUUCACAAGCGCAAGAAAAUCAAGGAAAAGAAAACCCCAAUGUAUGCGGUUGCUAUCACGAUACAGAUACCUCUCAUGACACGCAAUUCUGGACGGCCUGUAUCAAGGUUCAGCACACUUGGUCCGGAAAACCCCCGAACACGCUUUUCAAGCUCGCUUGAUUCUGAUCAUCGCUGGCCGGGCGGGUUUUUCGACGACAGCUUGUCUUCGGCAUCUCCACCGGCCAGUUUGGAUGAGCGUCUGGACAUGCUUGUUGACCAUUGGGACGUCAUCACUCGAACCCUUUCUCAUCUCGAGAGACUUGCUCGUAACGAGAUUCUAUUCCUCUUGAAGAAGGUAGACUCGCUGUCAGGACCGCAUCCGAAGCCAGUGAAGCCUCCAAACAUGCAACGCAUCAACCAGACCAACGUGCACUUGCCGGCCAAUAUCCUAUCGGUCAAUUCGAAACUAAAGGAAGAAGCUAUUCGUAGUUCUCGCCGAAUAAGCUUGGCCCUUCAAACCCCGUAUGUCGUCACAGGACAGAGUCGUUGGGGCGUUUGGCGGGAAGAAGGUCGCUCGAUUGUUCGUGGCCUUGGCGACAAAGAGCAAAACUUUUUCUUCUUGGUCAUAUUGACCGCUUUCCUGGGAAAUCAUACAGAGUGGCUCAACACCCUUGGUCCGGAGUGGUAUCGUCGCCGCCACAAUCAGCAGCAAAGGGCCAAGCAGGACGGGGAACCUCUCCUCGCGAACAGAACCGUCAUCGUCUGUCCUGAUAAGAUGACUGCACGCCGUCUUGUGUUCCUACUUGCUGCAUUCUUGCCUUCUAAGCAGCGCCUUGAGCCAUUGCCCUCGCCACUUCGACCUGGCACAUCAGCGUCGAUGCGUGCAGUCUCCCAAAGCCCGCCAACUGUGCCGGUGCUUCGCCAAGAGUCCCUUCGGAGGGCGAUUGAGCGACGCGCUCGCGCUCAACGAAAUAUCAUGGGCGACAACGAGCACCAUCAUCGAUCUGUGAGCGUUUCCUCGCAGGAUACUACCCAUGGGUCCGAUGUCAUAACACCACCUGCGGAAUACUCUACAGCUGCGGCCCGCAGAGGAUCCGACGCUCGUUCGGUCAGAACUCUCAGCGCGAACAUCAACCCCAAGGACGUCCGAGCUGUGAACACGAGUGGGGCGACUACUUCCAUGACGACCCAAAGCAGCACUGUCCCAGUUCCACACUUUACUUCCCAACCAAGCAAUUUGACUCAAACUCGAGCCCAAACUGGUGCAGCAGAAGGCAAUGACAGCCUAGCAUCAGAGACCCUGCUGAAGAGUCUUCAACGAAGCGAUAGUUCUGCAUUGGGCAGCAACGAUGGUGCCGCCUCAGGCCGCUGGGGUGGCAUUUUCUCGGGUCUUUGGAGCUCCCGCCAAGAAUCGUCCGGCGAAGGAAGUGAGCCUUUCCCUCCAGCCGCUUCUCGCAAGACAUCCGUUUCCACUAUUUCUGGCCCAGCUAGGCGUGGAUCUACCGCUUUAAGCCGAAUGGUUAAGGAAGUGACGGAACACGAAGAUGAAUAUCGGCCUGAAACCGCGCCUAGCGGGAACAUCUCAAUUCCCGCUGCCUCAACGGAGCCAUCGUCGCUAAGUAGCCAACCCCGCGAGUCCCCGCUGAAGCUGUCCGUACGGGCACAGGAAGGUGUGGUAGAUGUUGAUCUGCCUCUCCCUGGCUUCAUGUCACUUUCUUCAUCAGGUGACUCGACGAUUGCAUCACCAAAGAAGACCAGAACAUCUAUCACCAGCAUGGAUGCCGUUGCUUCAACCCACAGCAGUGGAUCUGGGUUCCCUGGUACCACGAAAGACAACGAUAGCCCGUCGGCUCAUGUUGCUGGCUGGUUGAAGUCCUUCCAUGAAGAUUUCUCACUACAGGCAGUCCGCCCUUAUGCUUCUCUGGAAGCUGAAAUCAAACGUGCUAUGCGGGCCGAACCUUCCCCAUAUCUUCCUCCCACGUCCGAUGUUGAUGGCACCGAGAGAUGGGUGGACGUUGCAACUACCGUGAUUGCAGACACACGGGCCUCUACGGUCAAACGACUCCGUUUGCGACGAAAAUACACAGUAGGCCAUGACUCUGGCAUGUCUCACUCGCCCACUUCUCCCACCAAUGGCAAGUCUCGCCAGUCUACGAGUAGCGCUUCUGUCUCGCAGUUCACUGGCUUCUUUUCGGGGCACGACAAAUUCUCCAACGGCCCCAACGCCGAUGAACAGGAGCAGAGCUGUGUGGAAGAGCGAUUUAUCGAGGAGCCUCUGAUGGAUCUCGAUGGUGUUUUGGUUGACGCAGUGGAACGCGUUCUAGGACAGAGCGGUUACUCCUCACUCGCACAGUCACGUGCUCCCUCUCCAAAUCGUGCUCGGAAAGCCGAAGACAGAGACAAGAGUCAUACCACCCGGCCAGAUGAAGUCCCUCCCCCUGAGGUUCCUCGCGGCGAAUGUCGCAAGAUGAUCCUUGGAGCACUUGAAGAAGUCGUCCGUAUCGUUACUGCCGAACAUUGCCGCGAAGACGUGGACAGCGCUGCUAGUCUCGCUGAUCGCGAGCGCAGGAGAGCACUCUCGGGCGCUGAUAAUACUCUGCGUGAAGGAAUCCGGAAAUGGCUCCUUGACGUUGAAGAAGCUUGGUGA